UCAACCGUCUCCGUCCGGUAGCUACUCCCAAAAUUCAUCUUGCCAAAUCACAAUGGAGCGUUCUUCAUCUCCACCAGCAUCAAAAGCUCCCAUCUUUUAACACUUCUGUUUGCCCACCGUCACCAAUUGUAUCUGCUGCUACCCACUCCGCCGCCAUUCCAUCUUCGUCGGAGUUUCAAGAAAUGCCGCCCAUGAAUGCAUCGCCAUCUCCACUUCUUGGCACAUCUUCGAAUCAAGAACACAUCUUUUUUGGGGGUUUCGAGAGCAACAUUCCAAUUUCACACGGCGGCUCUGUCUCCGUGGUUCCUUCUUCGUCGGCUUCUUCUCAUCAUAUGGAAGCCAGGGUGCGUCCGGCUAUGAAUGUAACAGAAGCAGCAUCAUCAUCAUCAGAACUUCCGGCACCAUAUCCGAACCAACAACGUAACGAAUUGGAACCAUUUUUUCCUAAUCAAGAACCCAUCUUUUAUGGGAGUAUCGAGAGCAACAUCAGGAACCCAUCUUCUUCCUCAGCUUCUUCUCAAGAAUCCACCACGGUGCCAGCCAUGAAUGUAACUCAAUCAACGUCAUCAGCCUUUCCGCCAUCAUAUUCUAACCAACGAACCCAAUUUGGCCCUAUUGCAUCAACCCACGGCUCUAGAAUUCAAUCCUUCCCCCAGUUGCAAGAAGCCGUCAGGGGUCCUCCGAUCGUUGGCUAUGCAUUCCGAAUUGUGCGUCGUACACCUGGUUUUUAUGGCUAUUCUUCACCUUAUUAUCACAUGCCAAUGCCGAUUACUGGGCCUGUGUAUAUGGAUUCCCCUGGUGAAUUCAUUUCUCUGAUUGAUGAGGCUAUGUCUGAGGAUGGCUCAAAUACGAUUCGCAAUUACAUCCAGAGUAUUAUUCACUCUGACGAUCAUGUGCAGUGCCAGUUCACUUCCUCACUCGCCCAAGAUCUUCAGGGUGCUCUGAAUUUGAUGACCCACGAAAUUGGAUCCUGGGUUAUCAAUGAUUGCUUCACAUUCUUGCGCCCCGAAGCUACACAAAUUCUGUACGACAUUGUUUUUGACAAUGUCCACUCACUGGCAGUUGAUCCUAAAGGUUCCAUUGUAGUAAAUCAUUGCAUCGAGUUUUCUGAUGGACACAGGAGAGAACAACUCUUAAACAGAGUUCCAGACUCUCAAAUCUGCAUUGCUGGAGCUCUCAUCUGGUGCCCAAUCGAAGGUGAUCCGUGA